AUCGCUUAAAACACGGGACAUAAAACACUAUAAUAAGACUGAACAAAAUGCACUUUGGAAUUGUACUUAUUUUCUCAGGAGCAGUUCUCAUCAAUGCAGAAAGUCACAAACUUUGCUACACCUACGGGUGCUCGGACUCGAGUGAUACUCAGCUCCUUAUAACUCUGGAUGAUGAUGAAGUCUGUUAUGCAGACUUCAAAAAAGAAAUUGAUAUUUGUGACAACAAAAUACAAACAACUGCCCGUAAUAAAUUGAAAUAUGAAUUAGCUCAAAGAUAUAGAUUAAUGUGUAAACAUGAUAUAUAUAGAUGGAAACCAGACAAAACAGCUACAAGGACUAAAGAACCACCAGAAACUGUCAUCUACCCCAGAGAUGAAGUGAUAGAAGAAGAAGAUAAUACCCUCAUCUGCUUCACCAACAAAUUCUUUCCUCCUUUAAUCAACAUAAAGUGGACAAAGAAUGAUGAGGAGGUGACAGUGGAAGAUGCUUUCAUUAAAUCUAUCGCCAAUCCUGAUGGGACGUUCCAUGUCUUCUCCUACCUGAACUUUAUUCCAAAACAAGGAGACAUCUACAGCUGCACCGUGGAGCAUGAAGCACUGGAGGAGCUUCUGACCAGGUUUUGGGAAGUUGAAACAGAGGAGAAGAGCAGAGGUCCGGCUAUCUUCUGUGUACUUGGAAUAGUUGUUGGACUUCUUGAAAUUGCAGCAGGAGCAUUCUUUUUUGUGAAGGGAAACCCCAAGUGACAAGAUGUGAGGUCGUGCAGGAUGAUUUGAAGCAUUCAUACCAUGUCCUGCUUUUUUGUUUGCUUUUCAGCUCAUUUUACUUUAGUCAAAUACUAAAGAAUUGGAAAACUGUAACAGU